GGUAGCGCAAAGGGUAUCGGGAGAGGCUUCCAGUAAACCUUCUCUGGCCUCUGGAGGGACCACCCUUGGGGUGGCUUCGGCUUCCACGAUCUGCGUUCGGGCUAAACGGUCACAGUAGACGCCGCCGCCGGCCCCCUUGUGCCUGGUUCUGUCCGUAUUCGUUCCCAGGAGACCGUCCCGGUUCCGGCAGCGGCUGCGGCCGACAUGUUGUGAGGCGGCGGCGCGGGUGUCUGAAGGAUGGUUUGGCCGAGGCGGGGGCAUCGGCUGCUGGCGGCGGCGGCGGCGGCAGCGGCAGCGGGGGCUCCGGUUCUGUAGAGCCUUGCCCACUGAGUGUCCGCCCUGUUCCGCUGCCAGACCAGUGCCCCCGGACCUUGCCUCUGCUCCGCGCCGUUGGGGAACGGUUAGAAGACAGCGCACGCCCCACUGAGGGGACACGAAGGGGGUUAUCCACUGCUCAGAUUCCGGACCACCUUGCUUUCCCCUCUCCGACGUGGGCAGUGCUGUCCCCAGAAUCCUCAGCACCCCCUACCCCCCCGGCCACUCCAACUUUGCUCCCAACCUCGGCUUAAAUCUUUCACACACACGGGUGUACCCCUCUUUCUCCAGCCGCCCCUGGCCCCUUAAUUUUCUGCACGCUCAUCUCAGAGGGACUCCUGGAUCGCUCUCCGAGGGCGGCCUUUUGAAAAAUCGUCGUGGACCAGAGUUGAGUUUUUAAAAGUCGGGGCGCGAGAGAGAAGGUGCGAUGGCUUCCUCAUCUGGCAACGAUGAUGAUCUCACUAUACCCAGAGCUGCUAUCAAUAAGAUGAUCAAAGAGACUCUCCCCAAUGUCCGGGUGGCUAACGAUGCCCGGGAGCUGGUGGUGAACUGCUGCACUGAAUUCAUUCACCUUAUAUCUUCUGAAGCCAAUGAGAUUUGCAACAAAUCGGAAAAGAAAACCAUCUCGCCAGAGCACGUCAUACAAGCACUAGAAAGUUUAGGCUUUGGCUCUUAUAUCAGUGAAGUAAAAGAAGUCUUACAAGAAUGCAAGACAGUAGCAUUAAAAAGAAGAAAGGCCAGUUCUCGUUUGGAAAAUCUUGGCAUUCCCGAAGAAGAAUUAUUGAGACAGCAACAGGAAUUAUUUGCAAAAGCUAGACAGCAACAAGCGGAAUUGGCCCAACAGGAAUGGCUUCAAAUGCAGCAAGCUGCCCAACAAGCACAGCUUGCUGCUGCAUCAGCAAGUGCAUCCAACCAGGCAGGAUCUUCUCAGGAUGAAGAAGACGAUGAUGAUAUCUGAAAUUCACCAGCUGAGUUUCUAUUUCCUGUAAAAUGUUUUUCCCUGCACAAGAAAACAGUGAAAAAAUGCUUAUCUGUAAUUUUGCAUCUUGGUGGACUUGCCAUUGGUAUUCUAGGGAUAUCUGCUGUUAAGUUUCAUCUGUUGUGUACUAUUCAUGUAAAAUCUGUCUCUUUGAACUGUUGAAAAUUUAAGGUUCAGUAUAAUAUCAAUUUUGAAUUUUUAAUGGUGUUUAUGAAAUUUUAGAUAGCAGUGAGUCUGUUUGAUCAAUAAACAGUGUUACAGAAAACUUCAAGUUUAUAAAAAUACAGUGAAAUUUAUACAGAAGCUCUAAAUCUUCAUUUGCAUUUCCUCUGCCCUUUUAACUAAACUAAAAAUUGGGAAUUUUAAAUUAUUGAGGGGAGGUGCUGUGUGAUAUAGUAGACAUUAGAUCAGGUUGGUGAAAAAACAAAGCUCAGUUUUGCAGUAUCUGGAUUUUGUCUUUUAAAAUGAGUAUAUAUAUACAGGCAAUAAACAUACAUGCUCAGAUAAAUACACUUGUUUAAAAAAGAUCUCAAAACAAGGCAUUCAAAAACUAGGAAGGAGUAUGUUCAAUAGUAGUUAUAAAAUUUGGUAGGUUAUGUUUUCAAUUUUGUUUUUAUUUUAUAUAAAGCUAAAAACUUAAGUUUCAUUAUAGCAUAAUUCAUCUUCAGCUACACUAUUACAUUUCAAAGACUGCCCAGUUUUGAGGACUGUCAUGAUUCUUAGUAUUUCACUCCAGUAAUCAUUAAUAGUAUUACUUGCUUAGUCCAUCUUGUGAAACAAUUGCUUAGGUUGCAUUGGUUGGUUCACGAAUAUUAAGACCUUUCCUAGAGGAAAGAAAUGACAGUUAAUGAGCAUGCUUGCGAUAAGAGGGGAUUCUUUUUGUAAUUUAACUUGUAGUUAUAGUUUCCUUGUUGUUUGUUUUUAGCAUUACUUUUACAGUUUCUUGACUAGAUGGCCUAGAGUGUCCAAUACUUCCUUUGAAAUGGCAUCAUUAUCUCCAUCAUAAUUAAGUGAUAGCUUUAAAAAAUGAUUGGUUUUGUUUUGUUUAAGAAAAUGUGUCAUAAUUAAUUAGCCCUAUAUGAAACAUAAAUAAUUUUAACCUGCUUGUUAAAAGGGAAAAGCUUUAAUUUGGUUCUAAUAAGUAAAGUAUAAUAGUGAUUUUUAUAGGAAUCCAGUGUUUUGAAGAACUGGCCUAUUGUGUUUGUAUUUUGAAAACAAAAUGGAAAAGCCACUUAAGAUAGUAUGAAGUAAUCUAAAUUACUAUGUCAGUUGCCAAAUUGUUUAAAUUUGUGUAUUCACCAGGUCUAAAGAUAGAUUGUGGUUGCUAGAAUUCCAGUUUUAAUUGCAGAGCUAAAUAAGUCAAAUGUACAAGUAUUAGAUUUCUUAAUGAUCAUAUUCUUAAUGAUCAUAUUUUGCAGUUUUAGAAAAAGUGAAAUAUUGUUACACAUUUAUUAAAUAAAUAAUAAAUAAAUUUACAUGCCACAAAUAGGUUAAUCCUGCUGAAUGUUUUGAGUUAAAGUUGAUACUGUAUCCAUGAGUGUGUUUGAACAAGAUAGAAGGGAUUGUUUUUUAAAAGUUUAAGUACCAAAGGUAGUCUAGUCUAAGAAAUAAAAGUUAAUAAGUGUUGGCUUUUCUAAUUUGUACUGUAACAUCCUUAUACUUUCUAUUUUAAGUAUAUCUGUUUCUUAGGAAAAAACAUAGAUAUUUUCCAUACCUUUUUUUUGAUGCAGAGUUCAGGUUAAUUAAUAUUUUACUGCAUCUGAUAAUGUAUUAUAUGUUCAAAUCCUAGUGACUUUCAUUUUGACAUUCUUGUGAUUUUCAUAUGCUGUAUUCUUCAAGCAAUAAAAUCUGAUGUGUUUUAUAAAUUGUUUUUAUAUUUAAUGAUCUGUACAGAUUGAUGGCAUGAGAUUUCUAUUACUACCAUUUUUACUGGUUUCAAGAAUCCUAGUCCCCCCAGAACAAUUUUGAUCUUUUGGUAUAUAGUAUUUGACUUUCUCCUUUGUUUACUGUUAUUUCAGAAAAUGUGGUUUUACUUGUAUUUUUGUAAUUUACAGUCCUAGGAUGCAGGCAUAACAGAGCUAAUUCAGCAGUGUUUUAGUUUAUUUUUUAGCAAUUAACUAUUAUAUUCUGUCUUUUGUUAAGAUUUUUAAAAUCUUUGGAGAGAGACAAAAUUUUUAGUAUUCUUGAGAAAUAAAGUUAUUUGGUAAGUAUUUUCCCCACCUCCUUGAAUAUGUCUGUCUUUUUCAGCAGACUAUCAGAUUGAUAAGUGUUGAAAAGACAUCAAUUUUUAAAAUUACAUAUACCAUACAUGUAGAAGAGUACAUAAAUAAGGGUUUUCACGAAUUAAAUAUAUUCAUUUUGCCACCUUCAGAUUAAGAAACAGUAUUAUGAGCACCCCAGAAUUUUGCCCCUAUCUCCACACUUUCUUCUUCCUCCCCAGAAGUAACUACUAUUCUGACUUCUAAAAUCAGUUUGCUUUUCUUUUAUUGUAUGUAAAUGCAGUUAUACAUAAUACACUCUUUGUUUUGCUCAUUGUUUUAUUUUUGAGUGUAUUGAUUUCCUGAUGCCAUUGUAACAAAAUACCACAAACUUAAGGAAUUUAAAACAACACAAAUGUAUUCUCUUGCAGUCCUGAAGAUCAGAAGUCCAAAAUCAGUUUUAUUAGGUCAGAGGCAAGAUUGGUUCCUGAAUCUGGAAAUUGUAAGUGGAGAAUCCAUUUCCUUAUCUUUUUUCAGUUUCCAGGGUCUGCCUAUAAUCCUUGGCUUGUGGCUUCUUCCUCUGUUCAAAACUUCUGCUUUUAUCAUCACAUCAUCUUUCUUCUGUAGUCAAAUGUUCCUCUGCAUCAACACUUAGGGCCCACCUGGAUAAUCUAGGAUAAUCCCUCAUCUCAAGAUCAUUAAUUUAAUCACAUCCACAAGAUCACUUUUGCCAUAUUAGGUAACAUUUACAGGUUUCAGGGCUUCAAUCCUAGGUAUUUUAGGAGGUAGUUACUUAACCUGCCCAAGUGAGGUUCAUUCAUAUUGUUGCGUGUAUUUGUAGUUCAUUCAUUCUUAUUGCUGAAUAGUAUUUCAUUAUAUGCAGAAUUUAUCCUUUCUGUCAUUGAUGGGCAUUUGAAUAGUUUCUAGUUCUGGACUAGUAUGAAUAAUUCUGUGGAGAACAUUCUUAUACCUAUCAUUUUGUGAGUGUAUACAUGCAUUUGUGUUGAAUCUAUACCUGAAAGUGGAAUUGUUGGGUUAAAGGGUGUGUAUAUAUUUGGUAUUUAGUAUGUAUUGUCAGUUUUCGAAAGUGUUUGUAAAAAGGUACCAUUUUAAUAUGUACUAUGAUAAUGAAUUACUAUAAUGGUCUAGUGACCUAGAAUGUUCAGUAGUUUCUUGAAAUUCCUAAAUUACACCAAAUGAGUUAUACUUGCUACAGGAGGUCUGUUAUUUAGUAUGAUACAAGAGGAAAAUAAAAGUGAAAGUAUUUGAGUAUCUUGUUAUUGACACACUAGUAUUAUACAUUCAUUAGAUAUUUGCUCCUCAGAAGAAAUGUAAGUUUUAAGUAAUUAUAAACAUAAUGUUGAGUUUAAAAGUAGUAUCUUGUAGAAAGUUCAUGAUUUAAGUUUUUAAUUGAAUUAAAAUUUUUUUUGUUAUAACUUAA